UGAAAGGUGAAAGGCGCCUUGGUCGGAGUGCGCGCUUGCGCAGUAAGAUUUGCUGCUGUGGAAUGUAGUGGAAGCAGUUUGGAGGUUUAGGUCCAGAAUUAUUUGUGUACUUCAUACAAAUAGAUUGAUCAGAUUAUCUGUGCCACGCAACUGGAGUAAACUAAAAUGGGAGUGAUGCUUUCUUGUUGGAGGGCAAAACCUUCCACUAUAGAAGUAUUAGAAAAAAUUGACAAGGAAAUAAACGCAUUGGAAGAAUUCAAGGAAAAAAAUCAGAGACUGCAAAAGAUCUGGAUUGGAAGACUGGUUCUCUAUUCAUCCACACUUUAUAUCAUAGCCUUUAUAAUCGUGUACUUGUGGUGCUUACCAGAAGAAUGGAAUGCACGGCUAACCUUGGCACUUCCAGGAUUUUUAUUUCCCUUACUGGUGUGGUUAAUACGGAAAAUAUUGAUUUGGCUGUUUUGCAAAAGAACUGAAAGAAACAGUGAAGCUCUUGAAGAUUUAAAAGUACAAAAAAAGAAAAUUCUUGAAGAGGUUAUGGAAAAGGAGACGUACAAGAAUGCUAAGCUAAUUUUGGAGAGAUUUGAUCCAGAAUCCAAGAAAGCUAAAGAACUUGACCAGAUGACCUCUGGAAUGCCAGCCACUCCGAGACCUGGUCAAGAGCUUCGUCAGAGAUCAUCAACUCAGAAAGCUCAAGUUCCAUCCACUCCACAAAAUGUCAACCAGGGAAGUCCACGACCUCUGCUAGUUACCACGCCUGUUCAACAGAGCACAUCAGCUCCUGGUGGCCCACCAGAAAAGACUUUUCAUUCAGUUUCACACACACCUGUCCUUGGGAGGCGGACAAUGCCUCCAGCUGCCUCAGUGCCUGGAAUGGGUCUUCAUCCUCCUGGUCCACCCCUAGCAAGACCAAUCCUCCCUCGGGAUAGAGGAGCUGUUGAUCGAGUUAUUGAAUAUUUAGUCGGUGAUGGCCCACAGAACAGAUAUGCACUUAUUUGUCAGCAGUGCUUUUCUCAUAAUGGUAUGGCUUUGAAAGAAGAAUUUGAAUAUGUUGCCAGGAAUGAAGCAGUGCUGGAUAUCAUGCUGGAAAAUGAGGUUGACCAACUACACCAAGUAUCUCUGGGAGAACACAUGGCAUUCAGAUGUGCAUACUGUUUCUUUCUUAAUCCGGCACGGAAGACAAGACCUCAGGCUCCAAGACUUCCAGACUUCAACUUUGAGAAAAGAACAUGCUGUGAUUCUCCAAGCUCUGUUGGCUCUCAGGCUGCAAUAAAUGAUAACCAACCUGCUAAUGAGCAAAGUCAGGAUGCUGAAACUCAAAAUGUCGUACCUAUCCUGGAUAGCAAUCAAGUUGAGGGUGGUGAAGAAGGAUCUACUUCAGUGGAGGUUGUACUGCCUGAUGAAGGACAAAUAGAAUCUGAGGAGCCACUGAAAGAAAAUGAAAAUGAUAUUGAAAUGUCUAAAGUUGAAGAGUCUGCUGAGGGAGACUGAAUAGCAAAGUGUCCUACAACUCAGCAAGUAGCUAAAGCUUUAAUAUAUUUCCUAUAACAGCAUACCAGUUGGUUCUGCCAGAUGAAGAAUGCAAUGGGUGAACAGAUUAGGUAAAAAUUAGAAGGUUUAACUCUUGUCAGUAUUAAAAUAACAUUGAGUCCUUUUGUUUCUGCAGAAAAAAAAUCUAGAUUUGCUGUAUGUAAUUCUUUUGUGUUAAAUCUGCACAUUACCAGUAAUAUUAAAUAGCAAAGGCUGCUUUAUCAGUUGUCAGGUCACAGUGCCCUUUAGUUUUCAGAUGAGCUGUACUGUACAAAAUCGCUAUUUAAAGGGUUGACCCUUUAACCCUAUUUCACUUGAAAUGAGAUGUACUUGGACAGAGUUUUUUUUAUAUUUUAACGACUGUUUAAUUUAUAAUGUUUAAAGUCUUGAAAGGUUUAAGCUGGAUUAGGGAGAAAAAAGUAAUUUAAUGGAAAAUACAUUUACUUGUCUAUGAUACAUGUUAUAAGACUUGAUGUUUACAUUCAAAUUAAAAACUAGCUUUUUAUAUUUUUAAACCUGGAACUUUGGAUUGUUGGAUUACCCAGUCCUUUGUAUAUUUAAUAUUUAAAAACUGUUCACUUCGAUAAUGUGUUUUCUUUGUCUGUGGAUGAUGAAUUCACAUGUUGUUGUAGAGGAGGUACAUUGCAGAUUUUUCUACUAGGUUUAUAUGAAAAGCUGUUGUGUUACAGGGACAAAAUAAUGAUCCAGGGAUUAUCCCUGGUGCUGUAUGGUGUGCAUAUAUGCUUUAGAAAUUUUGAAAGGUAAAUAAAUUGUAAUUACCAUGUUUGCAUGUACUAAGCGCUUUAUAUAAAAUACUUAAAUUCUACUUGACCCCAUAUAAAAAUCAAACUCAUAAUGCUUUAAAAGCAUAUGCUGUCUCUGAUGUACUUAUUCAAUUGAUGCUAAAAUACAGAGACCUCUCAUGCUAAUAACAGAAGGAUAAUUUUUAUGUAUGUUAUUCCAAGUCAGUCAAAAAAUUAGUUUUAUUCCUCAAAUCUGAAAUUUCAGCUUGCUACUUAAGUAUAUUGUGUGAAUGACCACUGCUCAACACUGAUGUAUAUUUAGUUUCUGAUAAAGUAGUAUCUCCUGGAAUAAAUUUUAAAAAGAAGUGCUUCAUUCAAGCUCUGCUUCAAUUCAGUGAUUGACUGUUGGGAUCUGUACUAGAAUAUUCAGAAACUGAUCCCAGUUUUGAUUUGUAUGCAUUUCAGGUUUCGUGUGCAAUAGAUAUUAUUUUGUUGUUUUGUGAUAAGGUCGUGAGGAAAAUAAUAUAUUUACAUCUUGUGUAAUAAUGUGUCCAUGAAAUUGUCAUUGGGCUGACCCAUGCUGUGAUGGAACUUAGGCAGGCAGUAGUUGAGUUUUCAGGAUGUACAGAACUAUUUUUUUUGAGGAGCAAGUUACAAAAUUCAUGUAUUCCUAGCAGUAUGCUUCAAACCUAUGUCUAGUAGGAAGGCAGACGUCAAGCUAGUUGAAUUAGCAGAAUAUAAUGAAGGAGAUCAAAUAUACCAUUUAAAAAUUGUGCUAUUGGGUAAUAAUAAUUUGCCACAGAGAAACUUGUAUAAUAAACUGUUUUCUGUG